UGCCUUCACUGCAAGAACAGCAUUGUAAACAUGUGUUCAUGUAACUAGUCUUAAAGAAAAUCUGCAGUUAGAGCAAAGUGAGGAUGGAGGAGCUACGUCUGCUUUACAGUUAGAAUAAAUACCUUCAGACAUUUUAUAAUAUAAUUAACCAGAGAACAGAAAGCGGCCGUACAAGGACUUAUUUCUCUUCCACCAGCUGCCUCUGGUACUUCAGUCUCCUCUGAUCCUCGUGAACUGUAAAACCUUCUAAAAGAGUUCAACUCAGUGACUCUACUGCUGGGAUUUAAGGCACUCUUCACUUUAUUAUCCCCAACAAGUUCAUGUUGCUACUUCUUUAAUGUCCACUACAUUAUCGCUGAGGUUUGAGGUCCGUACCUGCAUAUAAAAUAAGAUUACAGAAACUGUAACAUGAGGUCACUAUGAGAACCCCCGCAGACCUGAUGUGCUGCUCCACAUUCCUACUGUACAUUCAUCUCUACAUGUGACAAUGUGGCACAGGCAAAAUUAAUCUCCUUACAUUAGAAACCCUGAUUUCUGUUGCCUCCCAGGAAGUCCCACAGAGUGACCGAACCCUGGAGAAUACAGCAUGAGCAGAAAACUACUUUUCACUCAGUUUUUAUUACAUCGGCUCAAGAUUAUUUGAAACUGGAGGAAAGAGAUGAAAUGGAAGUUGAUAACUAUAAAGACGGAACAAAAUGUAGUAAUGAAAUGUACUAAUGUGGAAAGAAUGAUACAAAAACAAUAUAAGCACACAGUCUGGUGAAGAAAUGAAUAACAAAUAACUUAAGUAGUGAGAACUGUGUGCUUUUGUUCAUUCGACACUUUUUAAACCUGUGCAUCCAUCACGCAAUACAUGCAAUACAAUCUGCUUUCUCCCAAUCCCAACAAAGGAAAAACCACACACAUAUAGAUAGCCAUAGAGCCCGCCCUCUCAGUUCAAACCGGCCAAUCAGGUCGGCCCUUUAGCAAAAUAUACAUUGUUUAAAUCUCAUCUUAAACAUCACAAGGCCUCAGUACAUUCUUCAACAUGUUAACCCAAAUACGGCAAUCUCAAAACAACAAAACUACCACUACAUCCUUCAGUAACCUAAUUAGCUGCCAACACAUUACCCAUCAAUCAACUAAUUACCUCAUAGAGCCCGCCCACUCACACACCACAUAAAAUGCCUUCAGCUGAGGGGUGCUUCCUCUUUAGGCACUGGCACAAGAUGGCUUCCACACAGGACUCUUAUUCAGGUUAUGGCUUUCCUGACACCUUGACUAUUAAUAUGUUUAAACUUGUUUCAAAUGCAACAAAUGUUACUUUGUCUCGAUCAAUUGAAAUUAGAACCAUAAACUAAAUAAAGAACUGGAAACCUGUCUACCUUACUGAACAGAAAGGCUAAGCAAAUUGUCAGUGAGGGAGUUGGUGCUUCAUCAGUCUCUUUUGGAAUCUACUUUUGAAAAAGCAAAUCUGCCACAGUAACAGUAGUAGUUGUGGUUUCCACCCCCGGCUGUUUUCAUGAGGGCUGGCAGGUCACAUCCGCUCACAUUACAGGAUAGGGCACCUUGCAGAAAGCUCCACAGUAGCAAUAUAAUGGCAGACAUUUUUUUUUUAUCACACAGAGCCAGAUUUAACUUCAAAGCACAAGAGUAUUUAUUGCAACAUGUUUUGUCCAUGCGUGCAUCACCCCGCAGGACGGUACACUGCAACACAGCAUCGAGAUAUGAACCCAAUCGGAUUGAAUAAUGGAUGGAGUCAGCCACCCACAGGCUGCAGGGGAAUAUCAUGGCUGCGUCACUUGCACAGGGAGGGAGGAGGGCUGGGUGGUGGCUUUUACACACUGCAGUAGGCAGAGAGAGGAGAGAGUACGAGGGAGACCUGCAUGCAGAGAGCCGACAGAGGGAUAAUAAACAUGUCAGCCUCCUGGAAGCAGCUCUUUUUUCAGAUCCUCCUGCUUCUGGUCUCCUGCAGACACAUCAAUACAAAGACACCCGGCCCAAUGCCCCCGCCACUGAUUCCCAUAAGUCAGCUGCCUUCAGAUGUCAGGAGCGUUGUUCUUAAAGGUGAAAGUCAGACGGAGAAAGUUGAACUGUUGAACCCUGUCAAUCUGACACUGGAGUGUACCUGGACAGGUAAUCAGGAUAAACUACCAAACAUAACUGGGUUCUGGAGAAAAGAUGGGGAUGAAGUUGAGAACAGCCGUCUCACAGUGCAGAUGGAGAACGAUCAGUAUAAUAUGAAACGAGUGUUCGGCAUCGUCAGUGAAGAAAACCUUGGAAGUUACUCAUGCGUGUUUGGAAGUAAAGCAAAAAUAGACUUUGUUUUGGCAGGUACAGAUCACCUCCACAGAUCAGGUGAUGUGCGAGACAAGCCGAUGGUCAGCUAUGUGGGGGACUCUGUGGUGAUUGAAUGUAAAAUGGAGGAAACAAAACCGAAGCCCAGCACCUGGAACUGGUACAGAGCAAAUAAUACAGACAAGGAGCAGAUUUUCGCUGAUGAAGAGCCUCUUCGGUAUGAAAUCAAAAACGAAGAGAGGAAGACCAAACUGGUGGUGCACAACCUGACGGAGGCUGACGGAGGCUUGUAUUACUGCGGUGCGGUGUACGCCAUCAGCACUGCAAUGAGCCACGUCGAGCUGAAGGUCAUCAGCUUCCAUGAGCCUCUGAAGCCCUUCUUAGCCAUCGUGAUCGAGGUGAUCGUCCUGGUCGCCGCCAUUCUGCUCUACGAGAGAAGUCAGUCCAAGAAAGACUUAACAGCAGAAAAUGGGACUGCUGACCCAACAAAUGCCCUGACUCAGGGAGAAAAUAACGGACCAGAAGAAGGUUCUUCAACGAGACAGCGGAAAGUUUAAAAGCUGCAACUCCAACAGAGCCGAGCUUCUUUAAAACUGUUUUGCUUAUCUUCAAAUGUGAAUUAUAGCUUCAAAGCAAUAUCUCAUCAACUAAUUGCAAUAACCACCACUUAAUAAUAUUUUCACUUGUCAAUGUUUUUUAUUUUUAACCAACUAUGCUGUCAUAGCAGCUAAAAGAUCAAAGCAUUUACCUUCUGUGUAUUUUCUCUAUUCAACCCUGUAUGCACCCACUUCCUGUGGAAAAACUGAAACGCUUCACAAUGCCUUUGACACUUCUCUCAAAAAGGAAGUGCACUUUAUUCAUUUUUGGCAACAACAUAAACCUCAAUUCCUCUUUACUUGUUAUUCAUGUAUUAUGGUGUGUGAGUAGUGCCUUACACUCUUAAAAAGCACUUAAGUAACCCUACAAAUGUUGCGUGGAACGAUUGUUGCUUUUCAGAGUUUGUCCAUGAAGCAAUGUGUGCCCAACAUACUGUAUAUUAAUAUGUAUAUCAAUCAUCAUAUAUGCAGAUGCUUGUGUCUUUUCAUGUUAAUGUAUCAGAAGACUAUCAGAAAAGUUGUUUCCACUUAAUCACACACACACAAUAGACAAGUCAGUCACUGCCUGGAAUAACUUUCAAAGCCUUUGUGUAAGCCAAUAAAGAGACAGUGUUCUUUAAGAGUCUGUUUACAGGUCUUGUGAAAAUAAGUUGUAUGAAUCCUUCUGUGGCUCCAGGUGGACAAGGAGGAAGAAUAUGUAGAAUAAAAGGAUAUAUCUGCUGAUGCGUCGGUUUCAUUCGCCUUUCUUAAGUCUAAUGUUACAGGAGCGCAAUGCUAAAUUGGUGUAAUACUCUUUAAAGGGAAGUGGGUGCAUGUUAAAAUGUCUUAUAAAUGUUAACAAUUUUGUACUUAGCACUGACAAACACACAAGUGUCAAUUUGAAAAGCAUGUUUUUAUUUUUGCAUAAAUACAGUCGGCAGGAUAAUAA